AUGGAUAAGAGUUGGAUGACACUGAUUAGGGAUAGAUUAAGUCUGCGAUAUCGGGCCGGAGUUGAUGCUUUUAUUGAAUUUGCAAAAGUAAAUGCAGGCGGGCGUAGCACGAUUCGGUGUCCGUGCAACAAAUGCAUGAAUCUUGAUUGGCGUGACUUUGAUAUUGUGCAAGAUCAUUUGGUUCGAUAUGGGAUUAUGGUAUCCUAUAAGAUUUGGUUGCACCAUGGAGAAUUGCCUGAUAAUCAACAUGGUGAUUCCGGUGAUGACAGGGAUGAGAGCGAUGACGAUAACAGAGAUGAGUAUCCAGAAUUAAUGGAAGACCAUUGCAGAGGAACUUAUAUGGAUGAUGAUGUAGAGAUGGAUCAUGAUGUUCGAAACUUUGAAAAAUUACUGGAAUCUUCCCAGCGUGAAAUGUAUCCUGGUUGCAAAAACUUCACUUUGUUGGCAUUUGUUGUCAAGAUGCUUCAUGUGAAAGUUGAGAAUAGAUGGAGUAAUAAGUCAUUCAACAUGAUUUUACAGAUAUUUAGGGACUUAUUGCCAGAGGGUCAUUUGGUUCCAGGGUCAGUUUAUGAAACGAAGAAGUUGUUGCGUGAUUUGGGCAUGGGAUAUGAGCAUAUCGAUGCAUGCCAACAUGAUUGUGUACUGUUUUGGAAGGAGAACUCGCACCUGAUAAAGUGUCCUAAAUGUGGGGAGUCUAGAUACAAGUUCAUUGGUGGAAAUGGUAUGAAGAUCCCUCGUAAGGUGUUGCGUUACUUUCCAUUAACUCCGAGGUUGCGGAGGCUGUACGUGUCUAGGAAAACGGCCACAGAGAUGAGAUGGUAUAGGGAUAAACGUGUAGAUGACGGGAUUGUGAGACAUCCGACUGACACUGAGGAGUGGAAGGAAUUUGAUCUUAUUCAUCCUGAGUUUGUACAAGAGAUCCGCAAUGUAAGGCUGGGAUUGGCUAGUGAUGGGUUCAAUCCUUUUGGGAACAUGAGCAAUGCCUAUAGUAUGUGGCCAGUCAUACUUAUGCCAUACAACUUGCCACCCUGGUUGUGGAACGACAUCGAUGUUUUCUUGAGGCCUUGGGUCGACGAGUUGAAGGAGUUAUGGGACAAUGGGGUAGUAACUUAUGAUGCAUCCAAAAAACAGAUCUUCCGGAUGCAUGCGGUUAUAUUGUGGACCAUUAAUGACUUUCCUGCUUAUGGUAACUUGUCUGGGUGGAGCACAAAAGGCUAUUUGGCUUGUCCACCUUGCAAUGAUGAUCCAUUAUCUCAUCGAUUGAGGAGCAAGAUUGGAUACUUCGGUCAUCGAGUUUACUUGCCUAGGAAUCACACUAUGAGAAGGAGUAAGGACUUUAACGGUAGGACUGAACAUCACAUGAAAUCUUUGGAUUUACCUGUGGAAAAGGUACUUGAGCAGUUGGAUCAAUUACCAAAUGUUAAUUUUGGAAAGCAUCCUUUAAAGAGGAAAAGACCCUAUGAAUCCAUUGCCAUAAAUUGGAGAAAGAAAAGUAUCUUUUUCGAGUUACCGUAUUGGAAAGAACUGAAGGUGCGGCACAAUUUGGAUCCCAUGCACAUUGAAAAGAAUAUAUGUGAGGCAAUCAUUGGGACAAUGUUGGGUAUAGACGGGAAGAAUAAGGACACGAAUAAAGCUCGCCUUGAUUCGGAAGAUAUGAAUAUAAGGUCAAAAUUACAUUUAGAGAAACAUUCAGAUGGAUCCAUUCGCAAGCCUAUUGCAGCCUACACACUAUCCCCAGAAGAGAGAGAGGGUUUUUGUGCAUUCUUGGCAUCGAUUAAGUAUCCUGAUGGGUAUGCAGCAAAUCUGUCAAGGUGCGUGAGCACUAGAGGCGGCAAAUUGACGGGUCUGAAGAGCCAUGAUUAUCAUGUCCUUCUACAACGUCUUCUGCCAAUUGGGAUGCACGGAUAUGUUAACAAGGAAAUUAGUACAACACUUUUUGAGUUGGGAAGCUUCUUUCAGGACCUUUGUUCUAAAACAUUGAGACACAGUGACUUAGAAAAGUUAGAGGAACGCAUUGUCCUCAUACUUUGUAAACUAGAGAGGAUUUUUCCACCGGCCUUUUUCGAUGUGAUGGUCCAUUUAGCUGUUCACUUGCCACGUGAAGCCAUGCUUGCUGGCCCUGUGCAAUAUCGGUGGAUGUAUCUGAUCGAAAGGUUUCUUGGAACACUAAAGGGGUACGUUACCAAUCGAGCUAGGCUAGAAGGUUCAAUUGUAGAGGCUUACAUUACUAAAGAGUGUCUUACUUUUUGUUCAAUGUAUCUGAAAGGUGUUGUUCGAGAAGAACGAAAUGUUGAUUGUGGUAUACUUGGUCCUGGAUUGUCGGUUUUCACACAAAGUGCUCGUCCCUUCGGACCAAUCACAAGAGCUCCAGAUGUGUCUCAGAAAGAUCUGGAUAUGGCACAGUGGUUUGUGUUGUAUAAUAGCCCCGAAUUAGAGCCGUUUCUAGAGUACGUAUUAAGUUUUUUAAGUUUGAAAUAG